GUCGAGGUGCAGGACAUCGAGAAGGCCGAGGCCAAGCUCGAGGCCCUGCGGAGCAUGACGGACGAGGAGCGGCAGGCGAAGCUCUGGCGCGCCGUGGAGGUGAAGAGGAAGAAGGAGGCGUUCACCCUCGUCAAGAAGGACGACGCGCAGGCGCUCGGGGCGCUGCUGGACGCGCUCGAGGGCGAGGUGCCCGGCGUGCGCUGGCAGGACUGGCGGGACUACGCCGGGCGCCCCAUGCUCAAGUGCGCCAG